AUGUCGUCUACAAAAAAGGCAACUCCAGCUGGAAUCGUUACCACCGAAACUAACGAACGCGUUAUUCCUGCUAGCCGACGCGCAGACGGUAGUCUUCGUAAGGAGCGCCGUGUCCGCCCGGGAUUCGUUCCCAAAGAAGAUAUAAUACGGUACAAAAAUAAAUUCGUAGCAGAAAGUGAACCCGUGAAAACAA